AUGUCCUUCUUACUGCUCUACCACCGUAUCUUCCAGAUUUCUGAGAGGUUUGUUCAAGCAUGGUGGAUUGUUCUUGGAAUAGUCUUCCUUACCUUUUGGAUUUUGGUUGCCGGCUCCCUCACUGAAUGCGGUAGUCCAUCAGCCCUAGGACAUAUUGAGAGUUGCGAUACCCCCUCAAUGAUACAUCGACAGCAGGUCUUCGUCAUCUAUGGCUGCGCAGUGAACGUCUUCUCAGACCUGGCUAUCAUGGCAUUACCACUAGCAAUGCUCAAAAGUCUCCAGAUGCGCACGUCGGUAAAACUCGGCCUGGCUGGUGUCUUCUGCUGCGCCUUCGUCACAAUUGCGUUUGACAUUCUACGCGCCGUCGAGACGGACACGAAGGGCCGAAUUGAAGGCUCUACCGCGCUUUGGACGAACCUCGAGUCAGCCGUUGCGGUUAUUGUGUCCUGUCUUCCUAGCGUCGCUGCCUUAUUCAGUCCAAAGAACGAACGCAAUGGUGUCAGGAAUCGCAGUCCUCAUAGGCAACAUUCACUGGUCAUCUCGAACUCCGCGAAACACUGUGUGAGUGCUGGAAGCUCCGUCAAGAGCGGAUUUAAUGGCCGAGCUCUGAAAAGUGUGACUCCAAUGUGCUUUCCACUUCGCCCCGUCAUCAUGUCUCUCUUGCUCCUACUCCCGCCCCCUUUCAAUGCAUCUCCCACGGCUCCGAAUGAUCAAAAUGUGCCAGUGAUUUUCAACUCGACUACGAAUGUUAUCGUACCCCACUGCUACAUUCCAGAUGGCCAAGACACCCCCGGAAUUCGUCCGACCAAUCUGAAAGGGUGCCAAGAUGCCCUCGCAGUCCUUGUCCGCACACCAGACUUCACAACGCGCUUUCGCUUCAGCAAGAAUCCCAGAGCAAUGGCCAAAGAGGUCCCGGUGGGCUGGCAGCUGAGCCAUGAGUCGGAAUGCAGAAUUGUGGUCAACUGCGAAAACGAUCGCGACACGGCUGUGUUUAGAUUUGCUGAUGUUGCACGAAUUGCGAAAUUGAUUAUGGAUAACUGUGUCGGUAAACCAGAUCCUUCUGGGAGAUACCCGCUACUGAAAUGGGGUGGCGUCCAUGGAAUUGCGGAGGAGGAGACGUUCUAUGUGGCUGUUGGAAGGCCUCAGUCUGCACUGGAAUUCAAGGUGUCGAAUCAGACGGUGGUCACCAGUGGGGGACUGGUUGACGGAGGCGUUGAGUCCGCGUGA